AUGAAUCCACGCACCGGUGAAGGGCACAUGGACUGGGAGUACAGUGGCAAUGCGCAAUACGAUCCCUCCAGUCCCUUUACGCACGUCGCACAGCGAACCUCGGGCUUAAGUGGUUUCUCGUCCCCUUCUAAAGGAAAUGGACGCCCGAAUCCCUUCGCAAGCCUUCCUUCGCCAUCCAAACCGCAGCCGCCCUCCAGUAGCCGCUUCGCGCCUCAAAUUCCGGCCAAGAGCGCAGCUCCUCCCUUCCGUAACCCAGCGUUUACAACGCCGCGAAAAGCACACGACGAAACGACUUUCUCCGAAGCUUCGGGCGCAGAGGACAGUCCCGCUCUCACAGAAGCAUCAGACGUGCCCAACGAUACGCCAGACGUGGACCAAAUGGGCGACAUCUUCAUGGGAGGCUUUAUCACGCCAACCAAAAUCAGUAAGGCGGCACGCUACGGCCGAUCUUCUCACAACAAAAAGCCCAGUUCUGGCAAAGGCGAGAUAAGGAGCAAUCGAGACCCGUCGCGCUCAGCGCUGCAGCGGAAGCGGAAGCGCCAUAAUCUAGACCGUGACGUGGGCAGCGUUGUGCGCUACCAUGGUCACGACGAGUCGGAAGGCGAUACUGAUGCAUCUGUCUGGUCCGAAGGGAAAUUGCAGAACGAUAAGGGUCAAGGCAGAGUGCAGCAACGCGGCCUUUUGGGAUCCGUAUUUCAUAUGCUCGACGAACACCCUAACGCACCCGAGAACCUACAUCGUUGGAUUCAGCUCUUUAUCAACUUGCUGGUGGCUACGACUGUCAUUGGCGUUGGCUGGUCCAUUGUCUCGACCAUCCGCUCUGACAUCCGCAAUGCCAACGAAGGCGCUCGCCUGAAGAUUAUGAGCUCCAUUGCAGAGUGCACGAAACACUGGAAGGAUAACUCUUGUGAAUCCAACGAUAAGCCUUUCUUCCAGUCUCAGUGUGAUCAAUGGUAUGACUGCAUGGUGCAGAACCCAGAGUCGAUCAUGCGCAUCAAGGUGACUGCCAAGCAAAUCGCUGAGAUCAUCAAUGAAUUUUCGGAUGCGAUGAAUUUCAAGGCAUGGGGAUUCUUCUUUUCCAUUAUCAUCCUUUGCUUAUUCGGGAAUAAUCUCAUUCUUGGCCGCAACACCAACAGCAGCCAAGCUGCCUCGUACAACCGUGAACCAAUAAAGAAUAUCAACGGUAUGGGUGACGACCCGAACGUCAUGUGGAUGCCUGUGCAGACACCGCGUAUGAAGCGACAUGCGAUGCUCGACGAUGGAUCUGAUACCGACAGCUCCCUCCCACGGUCAACGCCACUGAUGCUCCCGCAUUACACGCCAAGCGGGCGAAAGAGUCCUAGUAAGGGUGAGCGAGCUAGGAGUCCGGUCAAGCACUUGCGGAGUCCAACCAAGGUUUACUAG